AUGCUCACCUUGACACCAAAAACCAUCAAAGGCAGGUGUCUUAGCGAGGGCUAUGCUACCGGACCUUUACUAUACAGCCAAGUACCACUCAGUUUCUGGGGCGGCGUCGANCCCUCCACCGGCAUCGUUAUCGAUCAACACCAUCCACUGGCUGGAAGCUCUCUCGCCGGCAAAAUUCUCGCAAUACCUAGUGGUCGAGGAUCUUGCUCGGGAAGCGGUGUUCUAUUAGAAUUGCUGCUCAAUGGCAAUGCUCCAGCUGGCUUCAUCUUUGAACGCGAGGAACUCAUCUUGACUCUGGGGACCAUCAUUGCUGCUGAAUUCUUCGACAAGUCUGUUCCGAUUGUGCAGGUUGACACGGACGAGUUUGUGGAGCUUGCGGGCUAUGCUCUUGUGCAGAUCACCAAUGGCACUUUGGAAGUCAAUCCAGCAACUGUAUCGGAUGUCGUAUCGAACGAUGAGAAAGUACCUUUGCCAGCCAUCAACUUUACAAAUCUCGACCUUGCUAUGCUGAGAGGAGAUCACGGUAAAGCCGUGCAAGUCGCCGCCAGAGUCGUGUCCAGAGUGGCAAACAAUCAAGGCGCGACAGAACUCAUAGACAUCACUCAAGCCCACAUCGACGGUUGCAUAUACACAGGACCCGCAACACUACUCUUCGCCCAACGCCUCUGUGACUGGGGUGCCAAGGUUCGGAUUCCAGCAACUCUGAAUUCCAUCUCCAUCGAUCGUCAAAGAUGGCGAGAUCAAGGUAUCGACGCAGCAUUGGGAGAUCCUUCGGGCUUGUUGGCAGAUGCUUAUGUCACGCUGGGAGCCAAGCCGACAUACACUUGUGCUCCGUACCUCUUGGACACGGCACCGAAAGAAGGAGAACAAAUCAUGUGGGCAGAAUCGAAUGCAGUUGUUUACGCCAAUAGUGUUCUGGGUGCUAGAUCUAUCAAAUGCCCCGACUUUCUGGAUAUCUGUGUGGCGUUGACCGGAAGGGCUCCUAAUUCUGGUGCUCACAUCACUUCACAUCGAAAGCCACAGGUGGUCAUCGAUGUGGCGUCAGGUAUUGAUGGAGACGACUCUCUCUUUCCAGUACUAGGCUAUCUGGUGGGCGAGAUUGCCGCGAAUCGUAUCCCCCUCGUCACGGGUCUCGAACAUAUGGCUGUCCACAGGGACGACCUCAAAGCCUUUGGUGCAGCAUUCGCAACAACUUCGAGUGCGCCAAUGUUUCACAUCGCAGGCAUAACCCCCGAAGCAAUCAGCCCAUCUCUCGAGCAGUGGCAGGCCACUACACCCAUCGUCAAGACAAACAAGCUUGAUCUUGCAAACGUGUGGUCAAGACUGGACAAAGCCACAAAAACGAAGAUCGACCUGGUCUCUCUCGGUAACCCUCAUUUCUCCUACCAAGAGCUAGCCGUGCUCUGUCAACUUUGCGAGGGAAGGACUAAAUGUCCUGAUGUCGCGGUCAUCAUCACCUGCGGUCGCGACACCUAUAUGCGAGCAUGCAAGGAUGGUAUCAUGCCCAAGCUUGAAGAGUUUGGUGUACAGCCAGUGACGGACACUUGUUGGUGUAUGAUUGGAGAGCCGCUUAUCCAUCCUUCGGUGCGCACAAUCAUGACGAACUCGGCCAAGUUCGCACACUAUGGAGGUGGAUUGACGAAGAGAGACAUGCGCUUUGCGAGUCUCUCGGGUUGCGUUGAAGCGGCUUGUGCUGGUGAGAGCGUCAAGGCCUUGCCUCUAUGGCUGUCUUGA